AUGUGUCUGCGGCUCGGGGCUCCACGGAAGCUCACCGGGAGCGUGCGGGGUUCUGCCCGGGACGGCCGGGACGGCGCCUGGGGCCCAGCGAAGGCCAGGCGCCAGGACGUGCUGCCCGGAGUCCCCACUCCUGGGAGCUUCGUUUUUGUUUCUCGUUUCCUGUGUUUCCCCCCUCACUUUGGGACAUCUCAGAGCCCCGAGGCUGCACACGGGGCUGUGGCGCGAAGGUCCACCUGCCCCGGCCCGAGAGGGUCCACCUGCCCCGGCCCAAGAGGAUCCACCUGCUCCAGGUGGGAGGGUGGGGGAGCUCCACCCAGAGGGCCAGGCACUCGCCCAGGCCAUGGCCAACAGGCAUCCAGGGCCAACAGACCCCAAGCCCCGUCUACACUGCACACCGCACACUCUACCCGGCAUCUCCAGGAAGCUGGGGCCGACAGACCCCAAGCCCUGUCUACACUGCACACUCUACCUGGCAUCUCCAGGCAGCCCAGGCCGACAGACCCCAAGCCCUGUCUACACUGCACACUCUACUUGGCAUCUCCAGGCAGCCCGGGCCGACAGACCCCAAGCCCUCUACCCUGCACACCACAUACUCUACCCGGCAUCUCCAGCCACUGGAGCCAAUGGAUCCAAGCCCCAUCUACACCAAACACUGCACGCUCUACCCAGCAUCUCCAGGCAGCCGGGUCCAAUGGAUCCAACCAAGCCCUGUCUACACCGCACACCACACGCUUUACCCGGCAUCGUCUCGGCCAUAGGGUUAGAAAGUCCGUCAUCCCAGCAAGCCUUGGAUCUCCCCAUGGCUGGCUGCUCGGCCCGUGGGACGGGCGCAGGGGCAGACCCGACGCCCCCACCCAGGCGAGGCAGGGGAGGCCAGGGCUGUCCCCUGGGGGCCGGAGCAGGUUCCCGGGGAGCUGGAGCUCCAGCAAGGCCUCGGAGGGGGACGAGAAUUUGCGGCACAGACUCGCGGGAACAGCCAGGCUAAGGUGGGGGCCGGGGCGGGCAGCGGGGCUGGAGGGCCCGGAGAUUCGGCUGGAAGCUGGGCUGCCGUGGGGGAGGGCUGGGGGUAGUAGAGGCUUAGAGGAGAAGGAGUUUCCGGCGUGUUCUUUUUCUUUGAGACAGAGUCUCACUUUGUCACCCAGGCUGGAGUGAGUGCCGUGGCGUCA